UGUCAUUUUAUUUUUGUUAUCAUUUUUGUAAAAUCUAAUGGGUAUUUUUAAAAAGAAAGAAGUAGGUAGCCACGAAAAAUAGACGUCUAUAAAGAGUACCAAAACCCGAAGAAUCAAUAACACCAAAAACACACCAUGGAGAUUGAAAGAGUUCAAGAAAUAGCCUCACUCUCAAACCUCAAUGGCACGAUCCCAAUUGAGUUCAUAAGAUCAGAAAACGAACAACCAGCAACUACCACCAUCCAUGGGGUGACGCUGGAGGUUCCGGUGAUCGAUCUUAGCGACCUUGAUGACCAAAAGUUGGUGGCUUCAAUCUUUGAAGCCAGUAAAGAUUGGGGGAUCUUUCAGGUCGUGAACCAUGACAUAACAAGUGAAGUCAUAAGCAAGUUACAAAAAGUUGGUAAAGAGUUCUUCGAGUUGCCACAAGAAGAGAAAGAAGCCAUUGCUAAACCAGUUGGGUAUAAAGGUGUUGAAGGAUAUGGCACAAAGCUUCAAAAGGAAGUGGAAGGGAAGAAAGGCUGGGUGGAUCAUUUGUUUCAUAGGGUUUGGCCACCUUCUGCUAUCAACUAUCAGUUUUGGCCCAAAAACCCUCCAUCUUACAGGGAAACAAACGAGCAAUACACAAGGUUGGGUGGUGAAGACUUGACCUACAUGUUGAAAAUAAACUACUACCCACCAUGCCCAUGUCCCGAGCUUGCUCUUGGGGUUGUACCCCAUACAGAUAUGUCCUCCAUCACCAUACUUGUCCCAAAUGAAGUUCAAGGUCUACAAGUAUUUAAAGAUGACCAUUGGUAUGAUGUUGCAUACAUCCCUAAUGCUCUCAUUAUUCACAUUGGUGACCAAAUGGAGAUACUGAGCAAUGGAAUAUAUAAGAGUGUGUAUCACAGAACAACAGUUAACAAAGAGAAGACAAGAAUGUCUUGGCCAAUGUUCUUAGAGCCACCAUCAGAGUUUGAGGACAUUCACACGGAUCAACCAUCUCCUGAUACCUUCUUCUCCCGCUCUUCCAUAUAUCGUGUGACCAUAUGCCGCCGCACCAUCGCUUGCCGCCUUCCCACCAUUAUCAAUUUACUGGCCUGUGGACAGCUUAACCAUCUUCUUUACCUGACACUACCCUCGAAAAUUGAUUUAACACUUGAACUGCUCGAGUUUGUAUUUUAG